ACCCCUUCCUCUGCCCGCAAUCCCCGGACGUUCGUCCUCUUGGUAUGCUCCAAGAUGGCCGCUCUCGCGCUGAGCCGCUGCUUCCUUCGGGCGCGGAAAGUGCCUCUGCCUCCGCGCUCGCUGGCAGGUGAAAGAGGACUGCUUUCUGCAGCAUAUGUGGACAGCCAUAAAUGGGAAGCAAGAGAAAAAGAACAUUGUCACCUCGCUGAUCUAGCAUCUUUAAUGGAUAAAACAUAUGAGAGAAAGUUGCCUGUUAGUUCUUUAACAAUAUCACGGUUUGUGGACAACAUUUCCUCUAGAGAAGAGAUAGACCAUGCCGAGUAUUACCUUUACAAAUUUCGACACAGCCCCAACUGCUGGUACCUGAGAGACUGGACUAUCCACACCUGGAUUAGGCAGUGUUUAAAAUACGGUGCACAAGACAAAGCCUUAUAUACCCUUGUAAAUAAGGUCCAGUAUGGAAUUUUUCCAGAUAACUUUACAUUCAAUUUACUGAUGGAUUAUUUCAUAAAGAACGAAAAUUACAAAGAUGCUUUAUCUGUGGUUUUUGAGAUCAUGAUGCAAGAAGCCUUUGAAGUACCUUCCACCCAGCUUCUGUCACUCCAUGUUUUAUACCAUUGCCUGGCCAAGAAGACAGACUGCAGCUGGGAAGAGGAAAGGAACUUUGGUGCAUCCCUAUUACUCCCAGGCCUAAAGCAAAAGAACUCAGUGGGGUUAAGUUCCCAGUUGUAUGGCUAUGCACUUCUUGGAAAGGUGGAGCUGCAGCGAGGGCUGCGGGCUGUGUACCAUAAUAUGCCUCUGCUGUGGCAACCUGGCUACCUUGACCGAGCCCUUCAAGUGAUGGAGAAGGUGGCCUCAUCCCCGGACGAUGGGAAGCUGUGUGCAGAAGCGCUGGCUGUGCUGGACGGCACGCUGCAGGCGCUGACUGCUCCGGCCUCCGGAGCUUCGGAGGAACGGCCCCAGGAAGGGCAAGCCAGCCGGGGCUCAGAAGAGCUGCUGGAGCAGCUGGACGUGGAGGAGACGGAACAGUCCAAGCUUCCCCAGUACCUGGAACGAUUUAAGGACUUGCACUCCAAGCUUGAGGCCCUGGGCAGAGUUGAAUCAGAAAGCCUUUUGACUCUGACCGCCCAGCUUAUGCAGGAACAGCUCCCCACCUGCGAAGCCCAGGACAUGGCAGCCUACGAGCAGAAGCUGCAGCACUGGCACCUGGAGCAGGCGCACUUGAUUCAGAGGGAACGGGAGCAGAGGGAGAGGGCAAAGCAGGAGCACGAGGCCCGGAGGGCAGCAAAGGCGUCUGCCUAGCAGGCCCACAGCGCCCCAGCCCCCACCACAAGCUUCCCUAGCCCCAUCCUGGGACUCACAGUGACCAUGGGGGCAGCCUCAGCCUCCUCCCUCUGGCCUCUCCUUUGCCUAAAGCAGGCUGUCUGCGGGAUCAGAGCCACGGUGGUCAAUGUAGUAAGGCACUGUGACUUCCCAUCACCUGCCGAGAAGGGCUGCAGAACUGUGAGUGGCAAGUGGUCAGACUGAAGCCCCAGCUAAGCACUUUAAAUAAGGUGCUCUCGAGGCUUAUGGUGGGGUUUCUGGGGUCAGGGAUCAGUGUUGAACAUUGAAAAUUCCUAAUCCAUAGCGGUGGUGGAGGGAGAGGUGUGGUUGAAUAGCCUCAUGUCGAGCACAGGCUUUUGAAUGGUCUCUGUCUCCUCAGUGGCAAACUGUGUACCCUGAGCCUCAUCCCGCUCUGUGUCCUCCCAGCCUGAGCUGGGUGUGGGAUGCCCACACGUCUCAGCUUCUCCUUCCCCCGUGUCUCUUCCCUGCAGACCGGAACUUGGGAGAAAUUGAGGACAGGAGUGAACACAGCACCAUGAACCCACUGGCUUUCAAAUUUCAGGCACCCACGGUGACAUUUUUAGAAUGGAAGGGCUUCUGAGGAGAAAGCUAGCUCUAGCUCUGAAGCCACGGCUUGGGUUCUCCAUCAUGUUGGGGUAACUUCUUUCCAAAACAUUCUCAGCUCCUUCCUCAAGGAGGUAAAGUGAGCCUUUUGUGUCCACACGUACAGCUUGUCAACACACAUUUCAGUUGGAGAAGUAGGAGAGAACAAGAGGCAGGAUGGGGCUUGUAGUACAUAGGAGAUAUGCGUAACUGUGCAACCGUCAGGGGGUGGAAAUUCCUUCCUGAAGCUUCUCUGUGAAAGGGUCCAGGGGCAGCUCCUGCUUGCUAUGUAAUUUUGCUGUUACGUUCAGUGGUAAACUGUUAUUCAAGGUUGUGCUCUUUUAUCAAGAACCUGUGGAAAUAAAUGUUCUGGGAUUC